AUGGACGAGCCCGUCCGCUAUGAAUAUGGAAAGUUCAGGUUUGUAGUCAUGGGAAACAUGUUCUCCACAGAACUUAGAAUUCAUCAAAGAUUUGACUUGAAAGGUUCAUCCUUAGGCCAUUCUACUGACAAAGUGAAAAUCGAUGAGAACACGACACUGAAAGACUUGGAUCUGAAUUAUUCAUUUUAUCUUGAGCCUUCUUGGCAGGAUGCUUUGCUUAAUGCCAACUUUUUGCCAGGUAACAAUGGUAAUGUAGAUGCCAUGAAGGAUAAUUCCGCCUGUAACUACCGAGAAGGGCUGGUUUUGGUGCAGCGAGGUAGCAACCAACAUGGUAAAGUCGCAGUUGGCCCUCACGAGUACAACAUGAGGAAGAACAUCGAGCGUGCCUGCAAGUCCAUCAAGUAUAACCCUUGA